AUGAGCGAGACCUACUCUCCAGAUCCAGGGGCUGUGCCUCAAUCUCCCUAUGGAACGGUUUUCCUUUCACAGAGAGAUCUGGGUCUCAGAAUACCUAUUAAUUAUGUUACAUCUCCGGGGGUAUCCCUCACCGCUGCCUGUUUCUCUGAUAUGAAAUACGUGGACGAUGAUUUUAAUGAUUGUUUCUCAAACCUCCUUGCCGUUGGCUUCCGCCGUUUUGAGAUAGACCUGUACUGGGACCAAGGCAGCGGCAUGUGGUCACUUUGCCCUGUGGCUACAUCAAGCUCUAUUCAACAACGCGCCCUGGUUUCACAUACUCCGUUGACUGUAUUUUCGGCCUCUCUUACAGCACCGACUUUGGCUAUUGAGCAGACCUUAUCACCAAGCUCAGUGUUAAACGCAAGACAAGUUACAACUACCAAUCCCAGCUCGCCAUUUCCUGCCACAUCUAUGAUUUCGGAGCCGUCUACAACCUCUCUUGGUGAUACCUCAUCAAGUUCCGCCAGUCUUCCAAACAACCCGAGCGCAUCACUAAUUUCUGCUGGACGUUAUGUUUGUACAACAUCUAUCGAUAUCUCUGUCUUCAUACAUCAAUUACUUGAUUAUUUUCAACAAUCACAAAACACUUUGGAUGCCCAUCUUCUAUAUGUCUUUCUUAAUAUGCACGCCGCCCUUUCGAACACCGCACAGCCGCAGAGUGCUCCAACCACGACCUCUCUGCCAGAUUCAUCCAACCUUCUUGGAAAUCAUUUCUCCGGCAAUUUAUCUGCGUUUCUCUAUACGCCGAACGAUCUCAGAUUGGACCGAGCCAACCUCAAUGAUUCGUGGUACACUGUCACAGAAAGAUACCGCCCAAUUGAAGAUUAUUACUCGGUCACAAAAGGCGAACACGAUAUUGUUUCAACCGAGGAUGGGUGGCCAUCAGAGGGUUUCGUCGAAUUCUCCAGGGGCAAACGUUUAUUGCUAGGAUGGGGGACUGUGGAUGCAGAGAUGGCGGGGUAUGAUUUGGGGAAUGACUCGAAAACUAUUUUUGCCAAAGACUAUAUUCAAAAUAUCCGGACGGACUUCGCUGCGAAUAGCUCAGGUGGUCCAACGAUCGGUUGCUUCCUACAAAGUACUGAUGAUCUAUCUCAGGUCAACUCUUCAUGGGCUGCCGCCACAAUACCACCUAGCGACUAUCCCACGGCAACCUCAGGAGAUAUUACACCUCUCCUUACCCUCGCCACCAACACAACCAACUGCGGCAUAUCUCCCAUAUUGAACCUUACAUUAUUAAACAGCACGGCGCAUGAAAACUACCGCCCCUAUCAGAGUUUCUCCUACGCCACGAUCUGGAGCUGGGCGCCUGGCGAACCGAAAAACUACACUUCCAGUGGCUCAACAGCUGGCUCUAUGUUUCGUUGCGCGACCGUUAAUCCUAAUCUUGCAGGUCGCUGGGUAGUGGCAGACUGCUCACAGGAAUACUACGCUGCUUGCCGCUCUAAGAACCAUUCAUACAACUGGACCAUCUCAGACAACCCUACCUCCUACUACUCCGCUUUAGAGGCCUGUCCAGCUGAUUAUGUGUUCUCACCCCCGAGGACAGCUCUGGAAAACAGCUACCUGAACCAGGCAGUGCGAAAAACUGCUCGGGAUUAUGGCAAUCACGGGAUAUGGGUUGAUUUCAACUGUUUGGAAGUACAGGGUUGCUGGAGUACAGGAGGUGAGAAUGCCACCUGCGUAUAUAGCGACUUUUCUUCCGAAAAUCCAUACUUAAGGAAGAAGUAUAUUUUAGUUGCCACUAUUGCGACGGUUAUCGUUUUGGUUAUCACGGCUUUAACCAUCUUUGUGAAAGCUGUCGGGAAUAGAAAAUCGAGGAGAAGGAGUAAGAAGAGAAUAGAUAAUGGUCUUGUAUAUGAAGGUGUACCAUCAUAA